UGCGGCUGCACACUAGUCUCUCUCUCCUUAUUUCUUCAUAUUUUUUUCCCAACUCGUUUUUGAAUUUUCGAGAAGCUCGAAUCGAUUUUCGGCGACGAUAUCCAAGAUUUUGAGCUCGAGCUCGCAGAAGCUUGGAUCGAUUUUCGGUGACAUAUCCAAUAUUCCGAGCUCGAACUCGCAGAAGCUCGGAUCGGUUUUCGGUGACAUUGUCCAAGAUUAUGAGCUCGAACUUGCAGAGCUGAAAUUCGCAUCCAAGCUUAGAUCUAUCUUGAAGCGACAUCACAGAACAGCAAAAUGGUCAAGGCGCAUAUCACUGUCCAAGGAUGACGAAACAUCACGGGAGGGAUGAAAUAAAAUCCCUUUUGGGGUCUCAUGCUGCUCCUGAAAAAACUGAAGAGCUUGAAGAGACAAAAAAAGAAAUUGAAAAUAAAGUGAAAAGGGUCUUGAAGCUUAUCAAAGAUGAAGAAGACGAGGUGAACUUGAACAUAGAGUCACAACUUGUUGACCUUGUCGAGAAGUACCACAAACAGUGCCAAUCACUGUAUGAACAUCAUGAUGAUCAUGCUGCAGAGUUAAAGGAGAAAUUUUAUUACCAAGAAGGAACAAGUUCCAGCCAAUAUUCCGAUUCGGAUCCUUCUUCUAAGGAGAAACCCAGUGGAAGCAUUAAACAACAAAUUGAAGCUGCAAAUGAUAAGGGGAAGAAAUUCUCUGAAGACCUGAAAGCCAGAGAUGAUCUGUUGAAAGAUGAUAAUUCAACAUUGCGGGAUGAGAAUGGAGCACUAAAACAUGAACUGGUAUUUGUGAAUGAGGGAGCUACUGAUUUAACUCAGGAAUUGUAUUCUGCUCAGGUGGAGAACCUGGUACUGGUUUCAAAAACUGUAGAAAUUGCAAAUACCAUGAAGCAGGAACAGAGAAUAAUACAGGGUUUACAAUUAAAGCUGGCCUCUUUACAAACCCAGAAAAAGGAACUGGAAGAGCAGUUUGAAGAGCAAAAUUUGAAGCUGCAGUUGGUUCAAACUGAACUACGAGACUUAGAAUUGGAAAGAAUGUCAAAAGAGAAAGAGGAUAACCAAAGACUGGUUUCAAAAACUGUAGAAAUUGAUUCAUAUAUUGAGGAGAGUAGGAUGAUGAAGGAAGAAAUAAUACUUGGAAGCCAAACGAUUACAAGGUUACAGGAUGAGAUAAACACGACUGAAUCUAACCUGCAGCUCUCAAACAAUAAGCUUCAUGCCACAGAACAAUUACUUGCUGAGAGGAAAGAAGUCUACAGAAAAGAAGAGAAGUUCCAACAAGAAUGUAAAGAACUAAAGGAACAAAAUUCCAAAUUGUCCAAUGAGAUUGCCACUGCUCAGAGAGAUCUCAUUGAGAUCAGAAGUUCACUGGAGAAGACAAGCAAUUCAUUCUCCGGACUUGAAGUAGUGUUCCAGGAGUUCCAGGAAAAUGACAGUUCCUUCCAGAGCCGUAUUGUUGAAGUUUCAGAAGCACUCGGGAUUGUAAAGAACUGGCUUAUGGAUACAAAUGGUAAGAUAGAAGAACUGGAGAAGCGACUCAAAGAGCAAGAAGAUGAGGUGCUCAGACUGGAAGAGAAGAAAGAAGUGAUAAGGUGCUCAGCAUGUGUACCACUGUGAUCAAAUUGAUGAUCUGAAGGAUGUCUUGAGAUUUUCAUUUUUUUUAAAUUUUCACUUGUAGGGCAGUUGGACUUGUUAAUUGAAUUGAGAAAUGAAUACCAAAUCUGGCUUUCCUUA